AUGGGAAAAACUGGAGCUGAGCGCUUACGUGAAUCGCUUGAAAGGAAAAAACAUAAAAAGAAAGAAAGAAAUGCACGAUUCUACUCAAACAACAAAGAUAGAAUUCUAGCCAAAAGAAAGGAGCAAAGAAGAUUAAAAAGGCCACGUGUAGCGGAAGAGGACCGAGACGAAGGCGAAGCACGAAAACCAAAUUGGCGUCUUUACAAAGCACGGCAGCGAGCUAGACAAAAGGCCGAAAAAGAAACGCCAUUGUCCAAGAGUGUUCCUGUUCCUUCUCCCAACACAGUACGAGAAGCAUUUUCUAACAGAGCAGCGCGAAAACGAGCCAUUGACACCACAAAAGCCAUCCUCCCACGUAUUACAAGACAAAAAAUUGUCGUCGUCUCUUCUCUCAUCGAAAGCCCCACAACGAGGCAGUCAUUGCAACAAUGUGGCUAUGUGAAAUCACCAGAAAAUUAG